CAGGUUUAUGGUAAUCAUGGGGCAGCUAUACCUGGCGAUGGCGCUGGAAUUCAUCGAUGACGCCUAUGUUUCUGAUGGAUUGGCAACAAGUCAGGCAAGUCUGUCUGCGAGGUUACCUCUUGAGGUCAAAGAUGGCAUUGGGUCUAAACCCACCAUACUUCAUGAAACUGGUAUAGCACAUAAUGGCCCCCAUCCAUGGACUCUUCUGCUAGUAAGGGACUCGUCAGUGGCUAAUGGUUAUCGCGCUAAAUUGAUGGGGCUGUCAUUCAGCAGGUUGCAUGUCCCGCGAGGUUCGCGAAAGAGACGCUAGCAGAUGGGAUGCUGUGAUCGAAGGCCGCUUCACAGGGACCUAGGAGUACCCUUGUAGGGUAAGAGGGCUGCAACUGUAUUGUCUCCCACCCAACAGCCACUACCUGCAUAGCUG